UGCCUGACCAAGUGACCCACCCGCACGGAAGGGCGCCGCGUUUCAAACGAGGCCGAUCUCCGAUGAGCUCUCCGGCGAGGUCGACCGUCUCGGCGGCGAGCGCGGGAGGCGGGAUCGCGCUCUCCGCUGCCGACGACCUCGCCGACUCGAUUGACGCGCUCUACCGCAAGGACGAGGCCAUGACCGAGCUCAAGUCGGAGGUCAUGGAGGCGCUGCAAAAGGAGGUCAGGUCGCUCGACGACAACAGCUGGAUGUUCGCCGCCCCGCGCUCCCGCAUCAACCUCGUUUCCAAGCGAGGUGGUUACCUGCCCCAGCAACAGGGGAAAAUUGCGGAGUUGGAUCAAGCGGCCAAGAAGACAAGGAACUGCUAGGGAUUAUAGGAUUUUCCAUCCAGGCUGUGCUCCUAGGGGCUGUCAUCUGAUUCCAGACACCUGGAGUUGCAUUCAUCUAAAUCAUUUCCAAGUACAUGCUAGGAUAUUUAGGUGACCCAAGUGUGCUGCUGUUGCUCAUAAGUCAUAACUUAUUUAAAUCAGUUUCAGGUACAUGCUAUGCUUUACAUUUAAGUAAUCCAAUUGUUAUGAUGAUGUUCA